AUGAAGUUCCUGUAUGCAUUGCUGGUGUUGGGUAUCUUAGCUUCCGUGGAAGCCGGUGGAUAUGGACGGCGUCCGCGGCCAAGACCUAUAUAUAAAGGAUACGGUAAAGGUCGUGGUGGUGGCGGCGGCGGUGGCGGUGGAUACUGGUAUGGAGGGAUGGGUGGAUUAGGAAUGUCUGGAGGAUACUAUCCCAGUAUGAAUUCUGGAGGAUAUUACGGUGGAUAUCCUUCCUAUUCAGGGGGAUACAAUGCUGCCGGAGCCGGGUACCCUUCCUACGCUGGUAUGUCCGCAGGUUACCCCAUGUCUACCGGUGGAUAUUAUUCCGGAAGUUACCCCAUGUCUAGCGGUGGAUAUUAUUCCGGAGGUUAUCCCAUGUCUAGCGGUGGAUAUUAUUCCGGAAGUUACCCCAUGUCUACCGGUGGAUAUUACUCCGGAGGUUACCCUAUGGCUGCCGGUGGAUAUUACUCCGGAGGUUACCCUAUGUCUAGCGGUGGUUUUUAUUCCGGUUUCGGUGGCGGAUUUUCCGAUGGUGGUGUAAUCUCGUCUGGUACUGCUAUACCAGCGGCAGGCGCUGUUAGUGGACUCGGGGCCACAGCUGGAACCUCCUUGGCUACCGCUAUCGGCUCAAUAGGAACAUUUGGAACAGGCGGAGCUUCUGCUGGCUACUAUCCUAUGCAGACUGCUGGGUCUGGAACUUAUGCAGGUUGACGAAAUUCACCACUGAUGUAAUUAGUUGUUCUGGAAGAGUUGCUGGCCUCGUGUUCAUGCAUUUUUUACAAUAAAUUAUUUCAGUAUCCCCUGUUGAUCAUGAAUUGUUGCUAGCAAUAUUCUUUUGCAAUAAAGUAUUCUAUAAUACCUGUA